AUGCUUAGAAAUAGCAAAAUAGCAUGCUGUCAGGUCCGUUGGAAAUCUAAGAGCUCAUCUUCAACGAGGUGGUUAAGUCGACAGAAAAAAGAUGUUCACACGAAGGAAUCCAAAGCUAGAAAUUAUCGCUCAAGGGCCUCUUUCAAGCUCAUUGAAAUUGACAAAAAAUUCAAAUUAUUCAACAAAAGAUCAAUUAAUAUAGUGGAUUUGGGAUUUUCGCCUGGUGCAUGGACUCAGGUGGCACUAGAGAUCACCAAAAAAUUAGGUUUGAAAUCAACAAUUUUGGGGGUUGAUUUGAUUGCAUGCAAUCCACCAGAGGAAUCUUAUUUUUUACAAGGAAAUAUUUUAUCAAAGAAUACACAUAAUGCAAUCAAGGAAUUCUUCUCCGAAAGAACAAAUGAGUAUUAUGAGCAGCCAUUAGACUUAAUAAUUAGUGAUAUGAUGGCUAACACUCUGGGCUUGAAAGAUAGUGACCAUUAUGCUAGUAUGGACUUAUGUGAUGGAGCCAUCAUUUUAGCAUGCUCUUUAUUGAAGGAAAAUGGUAACAUGGUUAUGAAGUAUUAUAUGGGAAAAGAGGAGUAUUUAUUGACUAAUAAAAUGCAUGCGAUGUUUGAGAAAGUUUUUAAAAUGAAACCUACGUCUAGUCGAGCAGAGCUGAGAGAAAUGUACAUAAUAGGGCUUAAGAAAAAAAGAACUACAGUAGACGAUGUUUUCGGAGAUUGA